CGCCCCAAUCCGCCGCCGGGGGUUCGACGCCGUGUCAUGCUGUCAUAAAGAUUUUGGAGCCGGCCCUGACUUUUUGAUUUUUUUCCCUCUUCCUCCCUCUCACUCCUCCUCACUGAUCCAACCCUGCUCUCCAGACGAUCUCGAGCCUCGCCCUCACGAACUCCUUCUCCCUACCCCGUUAAUCUAAUCAACAAUCACUCACAAUGGCUGGCGGCGACGUUAAGAAGGGAGCCAAGCUCUUCACCACCCGAUGUGCCCAAUGCCACACCGUUGACAAGGAUGGCGGCAACAAGAUCGGCCCCGCCCUGCACGGCCUCUUCGGCCGCAAGAGCGGUUCCGUUGACGGCUACGCCUACACCGACGCCAACAAGAAGGCCGGCGUCACCUGGGAGGACAAGACCCUCUUCGACUACCUUGAGAACCCCAAGAAGUACCUCCCCGGCACCAAGAUGGCCUUCGGUGGUCUCAAGAAGGCGGCAGACAGGGAGAACCUGAUUGCCUACCUCAAGAAGGAGACCGCUUAAGCGACCUUAGACUCGCGUGUAACGUUACGACUUUGAUAGACGGAGGCGCCAAGGGCGAUUGUAUUAUAGACCACAAAGCACUAGAGUAGUCGGCGCACCACCAUUGUGCUUGUACCUAUUUCCAUCUCCUCUUCAUGCGCCUUGUCCCUCUGCAACCGGAGUGGGGGCCGGAGCCACGACCAGAAUACCCAUAGAAAAGGGGUUAGAUCCAGCUCUUGCAAUAAACAAACCUAGAAGAAUUUCAUGAUAUCAGCUUUCUUCUUCUCUGCCAAU